AUGGAGAAAAAGAACCAAACAUUAGUCUCUGGAUUCAUCCUGCAGGAGAUCUUCAACCAAGCAGGACACAAAAGCCUCCUCUUCUCCAUCCUCCUCUUCAUGUAUCUGCUGAGCCUACUGGGAAACCUGCUGAUAGUCCUUCUGAUCCGUUGUGAUGCUCAUCUCCUUCACACACCCAUGUAUUUCUUCCUCAGCAACCUCGCUCUGGCUGAUGUGGGUUUUGCAUCUUCCACUGUCCCCAUAACACUAUGCAACCUGGUUUCCUGGGAAAAGGUCAUCUCCUAUGGUGGGUGCUUUUCUCAGCUGUAUUGUUUCUUGGCUUUUGGCAGCAGUGACAGCUUCCUGCUUGCCUCCAUGGCCUACGACCGCUACAUGGCUAUCUGCCACCCGCUACAUUACACUGCCUUGAUGAACACCAAGCGUUGCUUCUUAAUGGCCUCUGGGUGUUGGAUCCUGGCCUUUCUACACUCCAUGCCGUAUGCAUUGAUGGUUUCCCACCUCUCCUUUUGUGCAUCCCGGGAGAUCCCCAAUUUCUUCUGUGAUAUCAAUCCGCUCUUAGGACUCUCUUGCUCUGACACCACCGCAGUAAAAAUGAUGAUAUGGACAAUGGGCACAUUAUCUCUUUUGGGGCCCUUUCUACUUGUUGUGAUCUCCUAUGCACACAUCUUCCUGACUGUAAUGAAGACCCCAUCUUCAAGCAGCAAACGCAAGGCCUUCUCCACAUGUGGUUCUCACCUGACUGUGGUUAUCUUAUACUUUAGCACCCUCAUCUGGGUCGAUUUGCUGCCUACCUCUGGGAAUAAGACCCUGGCUACUCUCAUGUACACUGUGGGUGCCCCGUUGCUGAACCCGUUCAUCUACAGUCUUAGGAACAAUGAUAUGAAGAAUGCCCUGAGGAGACUCAUUGGCAGGAUGCGAGUCUCCUUAGAGCAACUGGAAACAGAUUAA